CUGCCGCUCGCAAUCCAAACAACCCAUCUCCUGAAGAUUUUAGUGAUGAAUCCGAAGAUGACUUGUCGCCCUCCCCUAUAAUCGAUGAAAAUAUCGAUUUUUCCUUAGUUUAUGCGUUACAUGAUUUUAAAGCGACUGUCGAAGGACAAGCUACUGUUGACAAAGGUGAUUCACUAAAUUUGUUGGAUGAUUCGAAUAGUUAUUGGUGGUUGGUUAAAGUUGUGAAAAACGAAGAAGUCGGUUAUAUACCUGCUGAGAACAUUGAGACACCAUUUGAACGACUAGCGAGAUUAAACAAACACAGGAAUGUCACU